AUGGAGAGGCACGAGAACGUGCCCGGAACCAAGAAGCCUCGUGUGGCCAGCCAACAGCGACAGGCAAAUAUUCUAACUGAAGCCAUGUGGAACGAUGUGCGUCGGACAUUGCCGAAAAAGAAGAAACGAGAUUUGCCAGAGGGACGCCUUCUAGUACUAGGGGGCGCAACGGUGGAAGAACGGCAUCAAGAAGUACUCAAGCUGGGGCCAAAGUUCUGCGUGGAGCCAAGGAUCGGCAUCGUCGACAGAUUAUCACUUACAAGGGACAUUGCCAGGAGUGUACCAGAGAAGGAAAAAGAACGAUGUGUGGUGGAAUGUGUGGAUGUGGUGGCCAAGGCUUCGACUUCUGUUCCACGUUCAGUUUGCGCCCUCCACGCAGCUAGCCUGUACUGGUACAAUGACGGCCUCCAGGGGGCGUACAAGCCACCACCGGCAUCUUGGGUCGACAUAGUCCCGAUGCAGGCAGACGACGAAUUGGAAGCAUACACAAUGGAUGGCGUGGAUGACGAGAUCGACCUGACUCUUUACCAACAAGCCGUUGCGGCAGCCGCCGCUCCAGCCAAAGCGGAAGUCGCUGUACGAGAGCCGUCGCAUCUUGCCGAGAGCAAGGGCACGUUAGAGCAGACGCGAUUGCAGGGCACUGGCUACAGCGAGUCGGUGUUUCCGGCAACGUCUUCCGGCGGAAACGGUUGGAUUCCCUUGGGAUCGGGUGUUCUGCACAAAACAUUUCGUACGCUUCCCAAGUACGAUCUUCAGAAGAUCGCCAGUGGAAGCAAGCUGCUCGGUCAGAUGAUCCUGAUGCGUAACUUCUCUGACACGCCAACUGCCAGUCAAGUGUCCAGCGAUGAGCGAGAAAUCGCAGCGAAGACUGUGAAAAGCACGCUGGAGAAGGACUUCGGAGGAGACGCCAAGUUCGCAUACGAGGACUACGCGUCCUUCGACGAAGGAGCGGUGCCCAGCUUGUCGCGGUCGUCCGCCACAAAAGAUCUGGACAAGACUUGGCCCCUGUGGAUUUUCAUUGCAUUUUUAGAAACAUUACCCACAACGUGAAAAGACGGUUGCAACGCCGAGCUUUGUUAAAAUGAUGCUGUAAAACUCUCUAAA